CUCAACUUUUUAUUUUAAAAACUUGCAAACACAGAAAAGUUGAUAAAAUCAUGCAGUGAACAUAUGUAUGCUAUUCAACUGGAUUCACUAGUUAACGUUUUGUCAUAUUUGUUUUCUCUCUUCCACGUAUGGAAGAUUGUAUAUGUGCCCUUCUUCCCCCUGAAUGAUUUCAAAGUAAGUUGGCAGUAUCAGAGCAUUUCACUGUUAAGUACUUUUGCAGAUAUCAUCUAAGAACCAGGACAUUCUCCUAUAUAAUCACAAUGCCAUUAAUCCACCCAAAAAUUUUAACAUCAAUACACUAAUGAUAUCUAAUGUAUGGAUUAUAAUCAGCUUUCUGGCAGUAAUCUGUUUAGAAGGCUUGCAUCCUGUCACUGUCCACCGAUUAAAUUUUGAACUCUAACUUGAAACCCUGGUCAUCUCAUUGCCUUCUUUCUUAUACCCAUUAAAUCCAAAGGAGCUCUCAUUUUAUUUCUACAGAAAAGAGAAUGGAAAAGAGGGAAGAGUCCCUAGUACCUUGGAUAAAGUAUGAGCACUUACUACCAUAUGUAUUCUAGUUCUGUAGUUUUCAAACUUCAGGGAGCAUCUCAAGGCUUAUUAAAGCACAGAUAGCUGUCCUUCCCCACUCUCUGAUUCAGGAGGUGUGAGGCUGGCCCAGGAAUUUGCAUGUCUAACAAGUUCCCACAUGUUGCUGAUGCUGAGGGUCUAAGGAAUACAAUGCGUGAACCCGUGGUUUAGUGGAUAUCCACCUAAUGAAUACAUGUUGUAUUUCCUUUUGCACCUGUGAUUACAGAGGAAACACCUUUCAACUGGAAGAUAUCAUUAAACAGAGGAUAACAGAUCAGUUGAGAGACCAUCAUGCCCAGACCAACCCUAGUGUUGGUGCAGGAGCAAGCGACACCAAAAAGAAGAAAAUAAAUAAUGGCACUAACUCUGAGACAACCACUUCUGAUGGUUGCCACUCACCUGAGAAUGAAAAGAAGGCAAACCACCAACAUCAGGAAGCUCUAAGGAGGGAGCUAGAGGCCCAGGUUCAUACCAUACGAAUCCUUACAUGUCAGAAAACCGAGCUUCAGACGGCACUCUAUUACAGCCAGCAAGCUGUCAAACAGUUGGAAGGAGAGGCCAGGGAUCUGAUCGGCCGCCUGCAUGAUUCAUGGAAGUUUGCAGGAGAGUUAGAGCAGGCUCUCUCUGCCGUCACUACACAGAAGGAGAAGGCGGAUAAGUACAUCGAGGAGUUAACAAAGGAGAGGGACACCCUGAGUCUGGAACUGUACAGGAACACCAUAACCGAUGAGGAGCUGAAGGAGAAAAAUGCCGAACUACAAGAAAAACUUCGACUUGUAGAAUCUGAAAAGUCUGAGAUCCAGCUCAACGUAAAGGAGCUAAAAAGGAAGCUGGAGAGGGCCAAGCUCCUGCUGCCACAGCAGCUGCAGGCGGAGGCUGACCACCUGGGUAAGGAGCUGCAGAGUGUGUCAGCAAAGCUCCAAGCCCAGGUGGAAGAGAACGAGUUGUGGAACCGCCUGAACCAGCAACAGGAGGAGAAGAUGUGGAGCCAGGAGGAGAAGAUACGGGAGCGGGAGGAGAAGAUACGGGAGCGGGAGGAGAAGAUACAAGAGCAGGAGGAGAAGAUACGGGAGCAGGAGGAGAAGAUGCGGAGGCAGGAGGAGAUGAUGCGAGAGAAGGAGGAGAAGAUACGGGAGCUGGAGGAGAAGAUACAUGAGCAGGAAAAGAUAUGGGAGGAGGAGGAGAAGAGGCAGGAGCAGGAGAAGAUAUGCGAGCAGGAGAAGAGGCAGGAGCAGGAGGAGAAGAUGUGGAGGCAGGAGGAGAAGAUACACAAGCAGGAGGAGAAGAUACAGGAGCAGGAGGAGAAGAUGUGGAGGCAGGAGGAGAAGAUGCAUGAGCAGGAGAAGAUAUGGGAGGAGGAGAAGAGGCAGGAGCAGGAGGAGAAGAUGUGGAGGCAGGAGGAGAAGAUACGGGAGCAGGAGGAGAUGUGGAGGCAGAAGGAGAAGAUGCACCAGCAGGAGGAGAAGAUACGGGAGCAGGAGGAGAAGAUGUGGAGGCAGGAGGAGAAGAUAUGGGAGCAGGAGAAGAAGAUGUGGAGGCAGGAGGAGAAGAUACGGGAGCAGGAGGAGAAGAUGGGGAGGCAGGAGGAGAAGAUACGGGAGCAGGAAGAGAAGAUGCACGAGCAGGAGGAGAAGAUGUGGAGGCAGGAGGAGAAGAUGCACGAGCAGGAGAAGAUACGGGAGGAGGAGAAGAGGCAGGAGCAGGAGGAGAAGAUAUGGAGGCAGGAGGAGAAGAUACGGGAGCAGGAGAAGAUGUGGAGGCAGAAGGAGAAGAUGCACGAGCAGGAGGAAAAGAUACGGGAGCAGGAGGAGAAGAUGUGGAGGCAGGAGGAGAAGGUGCGGAAGCAGAAAGAUAUGAUGCGAGAGCAGGAGGAGAAGAUACGUGAGCAGGAGGAGAUGAUGCAGGAACAGGAGGAGAAGAUGCGGAGGCAGGAGGAGAAGAUGUGGGAGCAGGAAGUGAGGCUGCGGCACCAGGAGGAGAAGAUGCAGGAACUGGAGGAGCACCUGGAAGCUGCCAUCUACCGAGCAGAUGACAAGAACGCACAAACAAUAAACAUGUAAAAGCCGGCAGCAAGGCCUGGAGAAGAGUAAGCUGCCACGUGACUGUUUAGAAUAGAGUCUGAGCACAAACCUGAAAAAAAACAUUUAUUUAUUUUAAAUUGUGGCAAAAUACUAGCCAGGCACGGUGGCUCAUGCCUGUAAUCCCAGCAACUUGGGAGACCGAGGUGAAUGGAUGACCUGAGGUUAGGGGUUCAAGACCAGCCUGGCCAAUACAAAAAUUAGCCGGGCAUGGUGGCGCGUGCCUGUAAUCCCAGCUACUUGGGAGGCUGAGGCAGGAGAAUCGCUUGAACCUGCGAGGCAGACGUUGCAGUGAGCUGAGAUCGUGCCACUGCACUCAAGCCUGGGUGACAGAGCGAGACUCCGUCUCAAAAAAAAAAAAAAAGUUCUU